GCUACAGCUCAGUGGGUUUGGGAGGCUCCAGGAAGGUGUGUAAAGUGCUGGGAUGUCAGGAUCCUGGAGGCGCUGUCACCUCCGCCCUAGGGCAGUGUUCUGCACCCCCCUGCUGCUGGCUGAGUUUCUCCGUCCCUUGGCAAUAAGACAGACUCUUGUUUUCACAGCUAGUCGAUCGCCCUAGUGUCAUCACCCUGCCUGCUGGCUGGGCAGGGUAACUCCUGAGGUCACCACCCUCUCCAGCCUGCCUUGGGCUUGGAGAGUGAGGAGGAGGGCGUGGGACGUCUGCUGACCCUGAACAUCCGCCAUCCAUCAUCCCAUCACUGAGAGCAAGAUGGCCAGGCUCCUGCGGAUGUUGCGGAGGAAGGCUCUGCAGGUGGCCCCAGAGCCUGAGGGAAGCAGCUGCCACCUUCCCAAGGGGCAGAGCAAGCCCUGCGUCCCCGCUGGCGGGGAAGCAGCUCCCGUCCAGGCCAGACGGCGGAAGUGCCCGGCCUUCUGGAAAAGGAACCCAGCUCCCGGCGCAGGCGCCGAGCUGGGAGAGGCCCCGACCAGGCCCCAAUGGAGCUGGCCCAGGCUGCGGUUUUGCAGACAGGACCCAGCCCAGGAGGGGCGCCGGGCAGGGUGGCUCUGGGGCUUGUUGUGUGGGCAGCAGCGGCCCCAGGAGCCCAGCCCUCCUUCCCAUCAGGAGGCAUCGCCCUGCCCGGUCUCUGAGGCCCUUCCAGCCCCCGCCGGCCAGGAGGGGGAAGGUCCCUGUCCCAGCACGGGCAGCUCAGCAUGGGACAGUGGCAGCACCUGGGCCUCUGGCAGCAGCCAGGCCGAUGGAGGCCACUGCUUUGUUCCAGGGACCCCCCGGGAUUCGGAGCAGGAGGAAGGGGUGCACAUGGCCAAAGAUGAAGCUGCUCUCAAGGUCAUCCGAGAGCAGCUCCAGUGCAGAGAUAAGGAUGAGGGGCAGCAGCUCCUGUUCCUUCAGGCCAUCUACCCCGCAUGUCUGGCUGCACGGGAGAGAGGGGAGGACACGCUGGAGCCGCGCUGCUGCAAGGCGGCUGUGGUGAAGAGGAUUGUGGUGAGUGAGACACGCCAUACGGCAGCUGGAGGGAGGAGAGAGACAUGGGUUUGGCAGGGGUAUGGCCGGGCUCAUGGGUAG